AGGCAGACGUCAAUCAAAUGACGUGUCCGGAGCGUCUGAUGAGAUCAACGGUCCCAGGAAGCACCGCUGCUUCUUCGGUUUAUUAUAGCGAUAAAGACGAGGUGAAGCGCGGAUUCUCGAGCCUGAUAAGUUACCCUAAAGGGUGGACAGUGACUGGAGCCUCAGCCUUGGAUUGCCUAAAUAUUAGGCAGAGGAACUCAAAAGGACACAUUUCAUUAUUUCUUCUUAGUGGUGGGGCUGGCGGUGAGCCAAUAAUUGACUCUGGAGCAGGAAACGGAGGAUAGUGUGGCCAUGACGGGAGGGACUGCAGCUGCCCUACCCAUGAGCAACCACACCCGAGAGAGGGUGACCGUGGCCAAGCUGACACUGGAGAACUUCUACAGCACUCUGCUCACUCAACAUGAGGAGCGAGAGAUGAGGCAGAAGAAGCUGGAGAAGGCCAUGGAAGACGAGGGUCUGCCUGAUGAGGAGAAAGUGAUGCGGCGUUCUCAGCACGCCCGAAAGGAGACCGAGUUUCUGCGACUGAAGAGGACGCGGCUUGGCCUCGAUGACUUUGAGUCUCUCAAAGUUAUUGGACGAGGUGCUUUUGGAGAGGUUCGUUUGGUACAAAAGAAAGACACAGGACAUAUCUACGCUAUGAAGAUCUUAAGAAAGGCCGAUAUGCUGGAGAAAGAACAGGUUGCUCAUAUCCGGGCAGAGCGGGAUAUUCUGGUGGAGGCGGACGGAGCCUGGGUAGUGAAGAUGUUCUACAGCUUUCAGGACAAGAGGAACCUCUACCUCAUCAUGGAGUUCCUGCCCGGAGGUGACAUGAUGACUCUGCUGAUGAAGAAAGACACUCUGUCAGAAGAGGCCACUCAGUUUUACAUCGCAGAGACGGUCCUGGCCAUCGACUCCAUCCACCAGCUGGGCUUCAUCCACAGAGACAUCAAACCAGACAACCUGCUGCUGGACUCCAGGGGCCACGUCAAACUGUCUGAUUUUGGCUUGUGUACGGGAUUGAAGAAGGCUCAUCGCACAGAAUUUUAUAGGAACCUGACGCACAACCCGCCUAGUGAUUUCUCGUUUCAAAAUAUGAACUCUAAGAGGAAAGCAGAAACCUGGAAGAAGAACCGAAGACAGCUGGCUUACUCUACGGUUGGAACUCCAGACUACAUCGCUCCUGAGGUCUUCAUGCAGACGGGAUACAACAAGUUAUGUGACUGGUGGUCUCUGGGAGUCAUCAUGUAUGAAAUGCUCAUCGGUUAUCCACCAUUCUGCUCUGAGACGCCGCAGGAGACGUACAGGAAGGUGAUGAACUGGAAGGAAACCCUCGUCUUCCCACCUGAAGUCCCGAUCUCAGAGAGGGCCAAAGACUUGAUAUUAAGGUAUUGCACUGAUGCUGAGAACAGGGUCGGAGCUGUGAGUGUGGAGGAGAUCAAGAGUCACCAGUUCUUUGAGUCCGUGGACUGGGAGCACAUCAGGGAGCGUCCAGCUGCCAUCUCUAUUGAAAUCAAGAGCAUCGACGACACCUCAAACUUUGACGACUUCCCUGAGUCAGACAUCUUGCAGCCAGCCAGUGCAACAGAGCCGGACUUCAAAUCGAAGGACUGGGUCUUCCUAAACUACACGUACAAACGCUUCGAGGGUCUGACUCAGCGAGGAACCAUCCCCAUAUACAUGAAGGCGGGGAAGGCCUGACACGCUGAAACCUGGAGACAAUGUCGGGGAGGGAAAAAACAAACAGACGUUUACGGACACAGGGUCGGGCCAUGGAGCCCUGCUGGUGCUGAAGGCUGCGCUGUGGGCCUCUCAGUAUAAAUUUAACCCUCAUCACAAGUUAUUUAGGUCCGCUCAGCCGCCGCAAGAACGCCAAGAGCUCGAAAUUAAGGAGCGUUACCGCAUUACCUCGGUUGUUUAUAUCGUGUACACUUGCCGUCUUUAGCCAUAGCUCUCAGGCCAGUUCUACGACACUAAAUCAGCAUAUCUGCAUGUUAAGCGGCAUAUUGCUUCUGGAGAGGAUUUUCUUUAACUGCCUAAAAGCUACAGUGAGAGUGAGGAGGGGAACGAAUCACUGCUUCGACAUCUUCACGGCUGUGGUUUCUACACUGGAGGCUAAAUUAGCUCUGAUGCAAACAUAAUUUCCAACACUGAGAUAAGCUCUGAACACUGUAGUCAAACUCUGAAGGAUUAGUGAGUAGGAACAUGCACCACGCCCUUCUUAACGUUAUAUACUGUUCAUGGAUUUAAAAGUGAGGUUCCAGCAUGGUUUACAAGGUUCUGUCUCACGCUCUGAAUUGUUUUAACCCUAACUCCCACUGACACAGAUAUCAGCUUCAUCUCUUUAGCUAACAGAAGCAUCUUGUUUUGGUUCUGUUCAACUGGACCAGGUUGUGGUGUUGUAAGUUCUCGCUAGUAAAAUGCUUGAUAACAGAUACCCCAAUGGAAGCCUCGUAUGUUAGCCUCAAAAUGAUCUAAGACCAUAGUAGCACUGUUUAGUGUGUGAAGCCUAGGUUUAUAAACCAGGCUUGAAGACGUACAUUCAGCUAUGCUACCUCCAGGGAUGAUAAUGUCGGUAUACAACUUUGGUUCAGUGUGAAAUUUUUCAAAAAUAGUUGGUCGGAUUGCCAUAACAUCACACACACACAUGCUCCUCUCAGGGUGAAUUAGUCCCCACACUUUGCCUGUAGCACCUUCAACAGGUCAACAUUUAGUUGGACCAACACUUAAGUUUGCGUCCACAUACCCUCUGAAAGAAAAACAUGCCUAUUAGUGUAAGUUGCACUUUGCGUUUAAGGCUAAUUAACAAGUAUUAGAUGCUAGUUAGAGAUUAUGUAUUACACCCAAGUGGCAACCUCCGACCGCCGAGUGUCCGCUUGAGGCUGGCUCUGGAAGAACCGGAAACCACAUACACACCAAUUCAAAAAAGACAAUCUUUACAGCAGAAAUAAACAUGUUUACAGCCUGGUACAAAAGACGAGUGUAGUCUGGAUAGCUCAUUUCUCGAUCGGCACACACUGUACUGGGGGUGAAUUUUUUCAUGACGCAGCAAUUUAGAAGAUAUUAAGAUUACGAGUCUUCCAAUGAGAGGCACAGCUGACUUGAUUGACAGGUGGGAACACUGUAGCUGUUGGCUAGGAGGCUCAAAGCCCGCCUCUUUACGUCACAAUCGCUCAACAGCAGUUAGGUUGAGUUCAACAUUUCCAAUAUGGCUCCCGCUGACGAUCGGCCUCAAAACAGCACUUCAGAAACAGAUGGGUGACGUCACAGACACGUCUAUUCUUUAUACAAUCUAUGAUUACACCUGGAAAACAUAAUCAUGUUUGCAUCAUGUAUUAAUAAGUUUGAGACACUGCUUUGUCCAAGUCUAGCUCUGAGUCUUAAGUUUGCAGAGCUGCCAGCAAGGCUUUGCCUCUGUUUGAGUCUCAUCAGACUCUUUAUGAACAGUUAGAGAAUAGAUACUGUUCUUUGUCCAGCAGAGCGGAAAACAACUGGUGCUACACUCUGCAACCAAGGGCUGAAAGGCAAACAAAUAUCUGUAAGAUUUCAGCGUGUCAAAGGAUUCCUCUAGUGCCCAAUGCCAGCCUAUGCCAGAGUCCCUUUCUCGUAACUAGUUUAUCUUGAAGAAAUGAUCCCUUUAAUAGACAGAAUUUACAUAAUUUCUCGGUCAGACCACACAUUUACAUAACAAAGAUCAGAACAAGCGUAUGCUUUACAACCAUAGCUCUACUUUACUAGUUGUGCAUCCAACCACGAAGCAGCUGUUAGCCUUGCUCUGCCGUUAAGCUGCAGACAAAUGUGACAAAUAGGCGAGCUCAUUCAAAACACAAAGAUAUUGAAGAGACGUUAGUUGCUUUCUUCAAGACAUCAUUUUCCUCUGCCUGGACAUUUAAAGUGAUGGAAUGUUUUUAGGCUUAAUACUAGUUUAUUCAUCUUUGUUUUGGGGCCUGGAGCAAGCAGUUUGAACUCAGCGAUCAUACUUCUUUUCAGCAACAUUUAACAUUAAACGGUUUAAAAACACACAAGCAGAUCUUGAAGCCAUGCUGGGACUCUCCUUUCACCCCGAUGCUGAUGAAACAGUGCGACUUUGUGUCAGCUCUGUGUGGCAACUCUUCCUGCGACUCCGCCUCAGCGCGGUUACCCACUCACAAAAAAAACAACUUGUUGCCAGGAAACGUGUGAAUGCAGUUUACCCUGCGCUUGACAUCCGUUACUGUUGAGUGCCGCCCAUUCACACACGCCAAACAAGCCCUGUGUGUGUGUUACUUCCCCCUUUAGAGCCUGUUGUUUUGUUCAGAUCAGUGCCACAGUAAUUAAAGUUUCUCCUGAUUUUAAUUCUUACAAA